AUGGCGGAAGAGCGAGGCGCGGCGGGGCCCGUGGAGGCCUUAGGCCAGGCGGGGGCCGCCCUCGAUGAAGCCGGGGGCCCCCCGGGGCCGGUGGGAAGCCGUGGGGGCGCAGCAGCGCCGAGGGAGAGGCAGGGGCCCGCGCCCGCGCCCGCCCAGGGGCCCUCAGGAGGCGGCGGCGGCGGCGGCGGCCCCCCCCCCACAGGCGCUGGCCCCCCCACAGGCGCGGCCCCCCCGGACUCCUGGAUCCAGAGGACGUUCGAGCGGGUGCGCUCGGCGCCCCACCUGCGCCUGGCCCUGCCGGACGCGCCUCCGGUGGCCGUGGUGCGCGUGGAGAGAUACGGGCCCGAGGCCGGGGGGCCCAGCCCCACCGCGCCCGGCCCCUGCUACCGCUACGACGUGACGGUGGCGGACGGCGUGUACCGGCAGAAGUGCCACCUGGCCCCCGAGCUCAGCCGCCUCGUGCACACCAACGCGCUCCGCUGCGGCUCGCGGGUCAAGGUCACGCAGUGCGCCUACCUGUACCCCGAGAAGCAGCUCUCCGGGGGCUUCCUGUGCCUGGAGCAGCUGCAGGUCCUGGGCCCCGGGGCCGAGGGUGGGGUGGGGCCCCCGGAGGGCAGGGAGUACCGCCACCAGCCCGGGGCGCCGCUGAAGGGGGGCAAGAAGCACUACCUGCCCCUGUGGAACAACGAGGACCCCUGUGGGGAGGUGUGGGUGGCCCAGAAGCCCCCGCAGGACGUCUGCGUGGAGGAAUCCAAACUAACUUCUCUGUUUCAUGUGGACAUGCUCUGGAAGACCUGGGUCAGCUUCCCACCCUUGCUGGUUAGAAUCAUGCAUAAAGCGAGGCUGCGGUACUAUGGGAAACCUGAGACAAAGCUAGAUAUGCCAUAUCAGGCCUAUUUUGAAGUGGCCGAUCAUUCUGGUAUGACGUCUGUGGUGCUUUGGAACUCUUUAUGCCCUGAAUGGUACAACAGUAUGAAGAUUGGCAUGGUGGUGCUGCUUCAACAGUAUGUUGUUAAAACAAAUUAUGCUUUCAAAACAAACCCAACUCCUGGAGAUUCAAACAUGAAGAGAUUCUCUUCAAUAGAAAUCAAUUUGAAUGCUCGAGACCCUGCAAGUAAAAUUAACAUCAUUCCAGAAAAUAAAGUUAAAGCAGAAUGGAACUUGCCUGAAGUUAAAUAUCGGUUUAUAACAAGGUCAGAAUUAGAUAACUUACCCAACAGCCAUUCCUGUGAUAUUAUUGGACUUGUACAAUAUGUAGGAAGAACUGAACGCUCAAGGAAAAGAGAGCAUGGGGAAGAUUUUUGGAUCCAUCGCUGGGUGCAUGCUGUUGAUGGGACCUCAGAGCAGCCUUUCAUCCUGGAAUUGUUUGCCACAUCUCAGCCAGAUAUAUUUGAACAAAUUCAUCCAAUGACAUACUUGGUAUGUACACAGAUGAGGGUGAUACGAAAUACCGCUGAGAAUGGCUCCUGUACCAUUUACCUGACAACGUCUAACGAAAGUGAAAUGUUUGUGACAGGGUGGCACAAGGGCCAGCCAUAUACAAAAGAUGCGACAGUGAAAAGCUUUAUCCAGUGGAUUAAAACUCAGAACGAAGCGUCUCAUAUGGAGAAAGCUUCUAUUGGUGGAUAUUAUCCUUUCCCACCUGCCCCAGACACUUUUCUGAAAUACUGCAAAAAUAUUAAAGUUGAAUCAGCUUUGAGAACCAUCAGUGAACUGGAGAAGGUGAUUGAAAGCCUGCACUACAGGGAGCGCAAAUGCAUUGCUUUUCAGGGGAUAAUUAGUGCUAUAAGAUAUGUCAGCUGUAGCAAUACAUCUCAAGAUGCCUCAGGAGUGGAACCAAUGCAGUUUAACAGAAGGUCUCCAUUACAGACUUCUCUGUCAGAAAGUGACCUUGUUACGGGAGGAAGAAGAAAGUGUCAGCAAGCCAUAGAACCAAGGCCUGUGCAAAGAUCACCAUCACCCGUGCAGCAGCAAUGCAGAGUAACCAGACAGGGGCAACCAAAGAGAAAGAUUGAAACUGUGGAGUCAAGGGACCCUCCUUCUGCACCUUCUGGAUGUUCAUAUUUCACAAGAUCAGCAGGAAAUAAAAUAAUCGCACCCUGGAGGUUUUCCAAGAAUUCGCAAAGACAUCUUACCUGGUUUAAUACUGCAUUGUGCUGCUGCUUAGUGUUUCAUGCAUUGUUGCAUGAAUUUUUGCCAGAAAAUUCCUUUUCAAGUAAAGAAAGUCAAGAAGUGAUGGAGAUAACACAACCCUGUAGAACAGGUAACAAAGAAAUAGCUGGUGUGUCUGAAGGCGUUCAGGCAGAGAGGAAGUGCCAUAAUCCCUGGGAAAGUGCUCUCUGGACAGCCGUAAAAGACAACUUAACACAGCACUUGCAUUACAGCAGCGUUUUCCCAGAAAGCUUUCCUUGCAAAUUUAAUUAUGUACACAAAGAAUUCCUUAUGCAACGAUGCAAUCUUCAAGCAGCAAGAUGGAAACCAAAUGAUUAUAUAACAAAUGGAGAAACAAAGAACUUUGAAAAUGCCUGUCCUCUGGAAUACUACGAAGUGGCUAUUCUGAGUAUAAACCAGGACAUAGCUGUGGAUGUUGCCUUCCUGCCUGGAUGUUGCCCUGAAGAUUCCCAGUUAUUUCGAGCAGAAGAUUCACUGAAUGAAGCCGUGUUGCCUCACACUAGUGGUGUUUCAUGUCACCAGGAGGCGAUUAACAAAGAAGGGUGCUCUGAGAUGCUUUCAGAUGAAGUUGUAAAAGCAGCUGCUGACCUGGAGAAACAACAUGUCAUCUGUAUUCUGGAUAUCUGUUCUUUGGGUGAAGAUAAAGUUGAAGUCUUUCUUAACAAAGUGUAUAAGAUUACAGAAGUUGAUGUAGCAAACAAAACAUAGGUUAUUAUUGACAAUAGAUUUGCACUGUUAAUCUGAGGAGAAAAACGAAUGUGCAUCAGAGCAUCUUUUUCCUGCCUCUGGUCCAGCCGAAGAACUUGGAUACUUCGCAAUAAUACUGUAAAGGAAAGUUCUUGGUCCUUCCUACCUGGGAGCAGAGGUGGAGAUGUUGGCACACGUGGCAUCCUCAGGGUGUGUUUGGGCACCACAAGCAUUGAUAUUUUACUUUCAUUUAAGGUUAAGUUGCCAAAAGGAAAGCAACGAAUACAUCAAGUAGCCAAAUCUUGCUCUGUGUUGCUGGAAAUCAUGUGCACGUGUGGAGGAAGAAUUCAGCUUUUUGUUGUCCCUGUUAAAUGAUGGCUAGGGAUCUAAUUGUGGUCCAUGUUCUCAAAAUUUGUCAUAAUGAAUAGUGAGCAUUUCUAGAUGAAGGAAACUACUUUACUGUUUCCACAUUUAACUAAGCACAGGCCGGCCAGAAAGGAUUGCCAAAAAUAGGUGGUCCCCGAACUGCCACUCAUUGGCAAUCAGAAGGGUUGGAGGAGGGACAAGGGAAGUGACCGGGGAGAGAGCUCCUGCUUCCUGCAGGCAGGCACCUGUACUUCCCCACGGAGCGCCCACACACACACACACACACUGGGGAGAGCCCCCAGGCUCUCCAUUUGCUAUGCCAAAUGUGAGUCCCACUUACACUGUCAUCUGAGAUGCAUGAACGUGGUACGCUGGGGGCAAAACGUUCAAACGAGAACGUUGGUUCUUGUGGCAGAAAUGGAAAUGAAGUUGAGCUGAUGUUGAUGCAGAACUAGUAGUCUAGCUCAGACAUAGGGAAUACCCUCCAGUGUGCUCCCAGACGUGGCUCAAUACAGCUGCUGUGCAGUGAAGAGGAAAGUCUGUGUGUGUGUCUCUCUGUCUGCGUGUUCAGAGUUCAGAAGAAUGAGUGCUUUUCAACCUACUUAUUCAAGGAGUCGUUCAGGCUUCCUGUACUUUGCACUGCAGCUUUUGAUAACUUCCUGAUCAUUUGACUUAAUAAUAAUUACCACAUCUUUAAGUGGAAAUUUGUGCAUAUUUUCAAAUGUUUAUGAUGUUGUUGUUUUUUCUGUAGUUGCCUAUGUUUAAUAAAAGUGCAACAGUGAUUCAGUUUUGUUCAAGUGAAA